AAUCUAUCUUUUUGUCGCUCUGCAAUCACGAACAAUAAAACGUUGGCCUACAUGAUGGUCAAGCUGGGUUUACAUCAGCACGUCAUUCACGCGCAUCCAUUGCUGAACUCAGUCACAAUGCAAAUAGAGCAACUCCACUCUAUCAAUGAUCGAAGUAUCGCACUACUUGAAGUGCUUCCGUCUGAUAUGGCUAAUAUCAACUCAAGUAAAGUCCUCGCGGAUAUUUUCGAAGCGUUGAUUGGAGCGGUUUUCUUGGACACGGCAGGAGAUUUGAUGGUCACAUCAAGAGUGAUUUUUCGAUGUUUGCGUGAUCGUAUUGGUGCCCAUCAUCAAAUUCUAGGAUCCCCGUUACUGCCAGUCAAUUAUCUAAUUCCGUAUUCCAAAUUGUGA